AUGAAUUCCCUCGAAGCGAUCUUCGGCGAGCUAGGCAUCUCUCAAUACCUCGACGCCUUCGUCGAACAGGGCUUCGAUUCGUGGGAAACUAUCCUAGACAUAACCGAAUCUGACCUAGACGCGCUUGGUGUUAAACUCGGUCAUCGAAGAAAACUCCAACGUCGCAUAGCCAAUUAUCGAGGUGUCGCGCCCGAGACAUCUUUAGUAUCACCGACUCGCACCAGUAUCGAAGAUGUUAGGCUGGAUUCAAAUCGAACAGAGCCUCUCAAGCCCGAGAAGCCAGAUGGGGCAGCCGUCGCGAAACGCAAAUACAGACGGCAUCCAAAGCCAGAUGAUAAUGCUCCGGAACGACCCCCCUCGGCAUAUGUGCUAUUCUCGAAUAAAAUGCGAGAGGACCUGAAAGGUCAGAACCUGACCUUCACGGAAAUUGCCAAAUUGGUCGGUGAAAACUGGCAAAAUCUGAACCGCGACGAAAAAGAACCCUUCGAACGACAAGCGCACGAAGCCAAGGAGAAAUAUAAUCGCGAAUUAGCCGACUACAAAAAGACGAACGAGUAUAGGAAGUAUUGCGAUUACUUGCAUGAAUUCCGCAAGAGACAAGCCACUCAAUUACAAGAAAAAGAUGUCUCCAAACGACUCAAAACGGAAUCCGACAGUAUCCGCGGUAGUAGUACGAGUGGUGGUUCAAUAGGAGCGAGUGGUACGACCAGCGGCACCGCUAGCGGCUCAGACAGCCAACCCGGCAGCGAACCUCCUCCUUCGCGUCAACAAAGAAUGGGAUCUUCGGCGUCUACUAUCGAAAGCAACUUUUCUCCGCGAUUAAAUGGAAUACACAAUGGGGACGAGCCACUACAUUCGCCAAGGAAUAUAUCGUACGAUGAACUAAACAACGGACGGUCACGGGGAUUAUCGAGUCCUACCUCUCGCGACCCCUCCGCUCACCAUUCGAGUCGUCGAUCUGGUUGGGCCGAGAGCCAACGCAGUUUUGGAGACGGCUUGAAUGGGAGUGCUUCCUGGUUCGAUCCGAGAGGAAUUCAAGGAAAUAUUCUGCAUUCGCCCGAAGGCGGUUUAUCCAACUCUAUCCCGAAUCGCGGGCCAAGCAAUGGUUCUAGUCGCGGUUCGAGAUCUUCGGUGUCAACGUCUAUGUCGCGACCACCGUCGCUGAAAACAGAGCAAUCUUCAACAGGCAGCGUAAGCUCGCUCAAUUCCUACAAUGUUCCGAGAACACCGAGCGAUGCAUCAUUACCGAUCCAUGCAUUGUUAUCAUCGAAACCCGAGCCUCCAUUCGCUUGCCCAGCUCCUCCAGCGUCGCAAACACAGCUCCCGAUACUUCAGCCGCAGUCUGGUCGUCCGCCUGGUGAACAGAUGAAUGGCAAUGGUAGCGAGAUCCACAGUAAUGGGUAUUUCCCCGGCCCAACUGCCCCGAAAUAUUCGGCACCAGGGCUUCAGAAGGAAGCCGUGUUCGGCGUAUCAACCGAGUCAAAACUGUCAGGUAUCUCAAAGCUAGGUACUCCAAACGAGAAUAGCCUCGACGGUAUCAGUGCAUUGCUUAAAGCGCGAGAAAUUGUUGACCGGCGGUAA